AAAGAAGAAGAAGAAAAGAGCUGAGGGAAGCAGUGUAGUGGUUGAUGAAGUGCAGAAUAUUACAAAAUCGACCGCAACACGUCAAUUCUCUGCGCGUGUCAUCCACGGAAAGGGCCACUAUGGACAGCGAUGAUGAUAUGGAAGAAGUCGUUGAAGGCCCUCUGGAUGAGGAUGACCAGCCUCACGGGUUCUGUACAGUCACCUUCUCCUCCAGUGAUCGCUUUGAAGGACAUUUUACACAUGGAGAAAAGAAUGGAAAGGGCAAGUUCUUCUUUUUCGAUGGCAGCACCUUGGAGGGGUUCUAUGUGGACGAUGCGUUACAGGGUCAGGGGGUAUACUCGUACGAGGAUGGAGGGGUCCUCCGUGGGACAUAUAUGGAUGGGGACCUCAACGGCCCUGCACAGGAGUUUGACUCUGAGGGCCGGCUGAUGUUUGAAGGCCAGUACAAAGACAACAGCCGCUAUGGGGAGUGUUGGAUCUACUACCCUGACCGUGGCAGUGUAUUUGGGCAGGUGAACGAGGAUGGCGAGAUGACCGGUAAAGCAGUGGCGUAUGUUUACCCUGAUGGCCAAACGGCUCUCUAUGGGAGCUUCGUGGAGGGGGAGCUGAUCGAGGCUCGACUUGCCGCCCUGGUUUCCAUGGAGACCACCAGACCACACUUUGACGUUUCAUCUGACAGCCCUGUGUAUUCCUAUGAUAAAUCCACUUCCACCUGUAUCGCUACCCACACUCUUCUUCCAGACCCCUAUGAAAGCAAAAGGGUAUUUGUGGCAGACUCACUGAUCUCAGGAGCAGGAGAAGGCUUGUUUGCCAAGAUGGAUGUUGAGGCCAAUGUUGUAAUGGCCUUUUACAACGGAGUACGCAUCACACACUCAGAGGUAGACACUAGGGAUUGGUCCCUGAACGGGAAUACCAUCUCCCUGGAUGAGGACACGGUGAUCGACGUUCCACAGCCCUUCCACCAGAUGGACAGAUACUGUGCCUCGCUGGGACACAAGGCCAACCACUCCUUCACCCCAAACUGCAAAUACGACCCAUUCGUCCACCCUCGUUUUGGACCCAUCAAGUGCGUCCGCACCCUGCAGGCGGUGCAGAGGGAUGAGGAGCUGACUGUUGCCUAUGGUUACGACCACGAGCCAUCGGGGAAGAGCGGUCCAGAAGCACCAGACUGGUACAAACAGGAACUGCAGGCCUUCCAGCAAAGACAGGCUACCAACAGCCAUGCUCUCAAUGAAGCCCUGUUUCAACCUCCACCUACUCAUUGACAACCGCCCUCCUCUAGACUGAACCCCUCUGCCUGAGCCCCCAGUCUUGCUACGGCUGCUCCUUGAGGACAAAUGGCACAGACUCUUUCCAAACAUUGAAGGAUUGUUCCAGAGCUUGGCAUCACAGGUGGAAUGUGUGAUAUGUCGCUUUGUAUGAUAUAGGAAUGGGACACUGCUGUCUGUACGUGGGUGAGGAUGUUAUGGUGCUAUGGAGAUCAGCACUAACCCGGCCACACUUGCACUUAAACACAGGAACAUAUGGUUUACGUCAAGAGACCAAUCAGAUGUAAUGUACAAGGUUUACUGCUGUAUUUGCUGCUUUGUGAGUCUUGUUCUCCCCAAUCUGUCUUUUAUACAACCUUUGGACAUGAACUGGUAUGUGGAGUGUCCUUGAUAUUAGUUUGGUAAUUGUGAUGAAGUUAGACCCCUAUUCCUUUUACUCUGCUGUGACAGGAUGUGUACUGGCUGUUUAAACCUUGUUCCUGUGUCAAUCUAAAUAGGUUUCAAGACAUUGGUGUUGCCAAAUAAUUUCCCCAACAUCACCUGAGUAUAGUAUAAAUUAGAUUCUAAAUGGCCUCUUGUGCCACUUAGAGUAAAUUGACAUGGUUGGCCUUCUAACCUUUUUUUUUUACAUGCAUUAAAUACUAACCAAUGAUGUCUAUGGUUAUUUAGUUACAUUUAUUUAUCAACACUUUUCUCACCUUUUGGUUUGUGUUAUUGUCAACUCUGCACAUGAUUCAGACCAAUAAGUGAGCUCAUCUUUGGAGACUGCUUCUCUUUUGGAUAAAAAGGUCAACUGUGAUGGAAGUAGCCCAGACUAAACACAAAUAAAGACUACAUGAACCAUCCCA